AUGGGCCUCUUUAACGGCAGCUCCGUGCCGCCCCAAAAUGACCGGUUUCUGGUCACCCUAAAGCUGCUGACGGCCAUGAGCUGGGCCAAAAUAAUCGAGGCAUAUAAUCGCCACUUCGCCGCCGCCGCCGUUCCCGGAGAUGCCAGAAAUCGAUGGUCUAGGCAACUCAGAACGAACCCGCUUAGGGCCCUGUUGGAGAAUGACAACCCACCAACGGGCGAGGAUACUAACGGCAUCAUAAGUAUCCUUAGCCAGUACGGGUUAGAAUGUCUUAACUACCGUGGUGAGCAGUUUCUUCGGACUCAUGCUCCCGGGUUGUUAGCUUCUAACCCGUCCGCGGCCCUACCGUCCGCGUUACCGACCGUGGGUCCGGCACCUCAACCCAUUCCGGCACCCUUACCUACGGCCCUUCCUACCGGCGGCCAGCAUCCAUUUCCCGAUGCUCAACAGCUAGGCUCGGCGUACGCUCCUACGCAGCCUUCGGCUACCGACAAUCAGCAGGCACUGGCGUCUAGUGGCCUUGAGCCCUUAAUUUCUUUCCCGCCAGUGUACGACUGCAUGUUCGACACCGAUCCCUUUCCAAGAAGCACGGCCGAGGAGCUUUUGCGUGAGCUCCAUUUAAUUCGCCGGCCAUGA